AUGGACAUCAAAUUCAAAACGGAUGAUCCUCAAGACCAGUCUAUGGUCUUCAAAUCGCAAAAGCUGCGUCGGACAACAGCAGCGCCUGUAUCUCCCGAAAAACGUCGCCAGAAAAAAAAACGCACCGAGCACAAACAGCUCACUGACUACUACCCUAACAAAAGACUAAAGGCCGAAGUCUGGUUAAAGAACUUUAACGGGGAAUUUCCUUUGUUGAACAACCUAUCAGAACCACCAAUGGUUAUUGUCGCGGUAGACAUUGCCUUUGGAAUGUUUACAGCUUUCUACCUCAAUAGGUUUGGUCUUAAGCAAGAGGCAAACGUCUUUCCUAUUCUCAAGGCCUUGGGACAAGUCAAAGACCCAAAGGAACCCCGACUCAGCAACACCGAGAAACUAUUUGCUGAAGAAAUUGGAUUUUGUUCCGUUGCCCCAAGGAGAAUCAGCAAGCAGAUUAAUGCUCCUGUUUUGAAGAACAAUUCCAACUACAAAGAGACAACAUUCAUUGCCGCCCUUGCUGAUAAUGAUGAUAGCGCAAAACUGACAGUUAUAUCAAAAAUGAUUGAGUUUCUCAAAACCAAGGGGAUCAGUGCUGAAGUAAAGAAUAAGUGGAACCUAACUGAUGGAGAAAAUCAAUCGAUGGACCACUAUCUCGAUGAUGCAUCAAUUAUUCGCCUUGUCCAGACCUAUUUUAAAAAGGAAGCUGACGAAAAUUUCUACGAUCGCUAUCCUGACGUAAGAGAUGCAUUCUUCUCUAAACCAUACCCUCAAGUGGCCCAUCACGAACUUGGGUAUCCCUACAUUAAAAUUGAAGACAGUCACGCCAAUUUCAAAAGACCUGUCAUCCUGGAACUUGACGAUUCUUCGGUUGAAUGA